UCGUUGGUUUCGCCGAGUAAAGAUCAAUUGGAAUCGCUCCAAGCUUCCAACAAUGGUGAAAGCGGUCGUUGGAGAGGAAUCGCACCUCAAACUUGCCGAAGAUCGUCUCGCCCAAUCCGCAAUUCCUGCUCAGGUAGGACUGGUGAUCGGCAAACUCAGCUCGAAUCUUGACAGAGGCUUCGUGUUCGAUUUGGUCCCGACCCCAGUUAACGAUGCCGGAGUGCCUGCUUGUUCUCUUCUCGAACCUUCCAAGGACGACAAGAAGAAGGGAUCCAAAUCCAAAUCUCAGGCCACUGAUUCUUCCUCUUUGGUGGUCGACAAUGAUUGGGUAGCAGAACACGCUCGUCAGGUCUCCAGAAUGUUGUUGGGUGGCAUGAAGGUUGUCGGAAUUUAUGUGUGGGUUGGCGAUAGUGCAUUCAAGAAUUCAACCAUUAUGCUUUGCCAGACUGUAAAGGCCGUUGCAGAUGCAGCAUCACUCUCAGACACUGACUUGGACGAAAGAAUUCUUAUUCACAUCUGUUACAGUCCAAGGAGGUGGACAUGUCGAAAUUGCUCAUUGGCUUCAAAUAUUACUUCAAGCAAUCUACGACCUUGCGACUUUAAAAUGGGAAAGGUCUUAAAUUCUCUUCAAACGUUUAAGUGCAUGUACAACUUUGAUCUUAGAUUGCCCAUAUACAAGAAUGCAUCAAAUGUCCGAACCUUAACUGAUGUUCUUCGUCAUGUGAUUUCUAUUCAUGCCAAAGAGCUAAAAAGUGCAAAAGCCGUUAUCGAUGGAAAUUUGGUUGUUAAUGAUGAGCCAUGUACAUCAGAUGGUUUGCAUGAAGUUGAAUUGCUUCUACCAUUCAUGAAAAAUGCUUCAACUGAAGGCAACCAAAAAGAAGUCACUGGUGUUAUUGCUUUUAGUGGCUCUGUGUGUUCUUAUGCAUACUUAAACUCAAAAGAACCAAUUUCACAAGCCGUUGCCCAAAUAAAGGAAGAUAUUAUCCUCAGCCUGCAAAGUAGACUAGAUAUCAUCUGUGAUGAGGCAGAUGGAGACACAGGUCCAAGUGAUGCUGAAAUCAAGGAAGCAAGCGAUGGAAUGUCGACGGAAAAUCCUGUUUCCCAACUUUCGAUACACUUAUUAAGAAAAACUUGCAACGUUUCAUUUCCCAGAAGAGUCUUUAUUCCUUGGUUGGCGGGCAUGCUUGUAUGUGACUAUCUACAAUCAUCCGAGACGCUUGAGGUGCUAAAAGAUCAUUGCAAAGAGUUGUUAUCCAUGGAAACUACACUUGAUAGCUUGACAAUAUUGGAACCUGAGGUAGAAGCGCCUACUUUAAUUGCAAGAUCUUUUUGGGAUGUGGCUGCACCGCUCGGCCCGGCAUCCUCUUCUUCUUCAAAUAGUAGUAGUCCACUUGAGACACAUAGAGGGGAAACUGGUGCCAAAACAAUUAAGUCUGCUAAUGUCAACAUCUUACUCGCUGCUUUCUUCCUUCUACUGUCUGUUAUUGUUGGAUUUGUUCUAUUGCAGUCAAAACAUCAUAAUUCGUGAAUGAGGCCUCAGUUAUUAAUCAAAGGGGUUAAGGUUGUGUUAUUUGUGUAAUCUUCUAAAAAUUGAUUUUUGGUUGAA